AUGCAUCAGAGUCUCAAAACAUGGCUGGUGGGGACGCUAUGGCUUUGGCUGUGCGCCGCCGUCACGUGCCAGCAGCACGCGCACCCGGCACACGUGCACUUUGAAGACGGCGAGGUGGAGAACGCCAUCAACGUGGCUGCGGCACGUGUAAAAACGCAGCUGGAGAAAUCCAAACACUCAGGCGUGAGGGCCGACCCGUACAGCGCCGCCUCCCUGUGGACCGCGGCUCAUCUGCCCACGUACAAGGGCAGGAACAGCUCGGCCGUGGCACUCAUCGCCGAGGAGGCCACGCGACAUCUGGUGGUCAGCCACGGCAUGGCCGUCUCGGGCGGUGAGCUCCGAGAUGCCUGGUGGUCGACCUCAGCGGCACGGUGCUCGGUCAGUACGGCCCGGUGUCCGGCGAG